ACUGACUCCCGAGGAAGUAAUGGGGCCUGUGACCGGACUGGGCGCCUCUACCUGUAUCACUACAACGAGGAUCAGCCUUACAUCCCGCUGACCGAAAUCCAGAGGAUUGACACUGCCGCCAUCCUGGACAUCAAAUGGUGCCAUGUUCCCGUUGCAGAACAUCCCAUGGUUGGUAUUGCAAACUCGACUGGCGCCGUGGAGUUUUGCCACCUGACUGGAAGUGAGAAGAAGAGCUGCAUGUUGGAGCCACGCUUCAGGGUCGAUCUCGGUGCACAGUGUCUGGCCUUGUCUUUAGACUGGUCCACAGGACGAGAGCAAUGUGGAUGUCCUUUGAGAGUGAUCAGCAGUGAUUCAGAAGGGAAGCUGAAUCUUUUCUCCAUAGAUGAAUCUGCUCCUUCUGUACAUGUCCUGAACCAGUGGGAAGCUCACAAAUUUGAGGCCUGGAUUGCUGCUUUUAAUUACUGGGACACUGAUAUUGUCUAUUCAGGAGGAGAUGACAGCCUGCUAAAGGGCUGGGACACCAGGUGCAGUUCAGAGACUCCUGUCUUCACCAGCAGGAGACACUCCAUGGGUGUGUGCAGCAUUCAGUGCAGUCCCCACCGGGAGAAUCUUCUGGCUACUGGCAGCUAUGAUGAGCAUGUGCUGUUGUGGGACACCAGGAACAUGAAGCAGCCACUGGCAGACACCCAUGUUGAAGGUGGAGUUUGGAGGUUGAAGUGGCACCCAACCUGUGAUUUUGUGCUGUUAGCAGCCUGCAUGCAGAGUGGAUUCAAAAUCCUUGACUGCCGUGGAAGCAUGGCGGAAAACACAGAGGAAUGUAUCAUCCUGUCAUCCUAUGUCUUGCACAAUUCCUUGGCCUAUGGGGCUGACUGGUCAAGGCUCUGUCCGAGGGAUUCCUUGACUGCAACACAGGACACUGCUGCUGCGUACCACUCUUCAGAGGAGCUUGUGGGAAGAUCACAGGAAGGAGAUGAGAGACUGAAUUUGCAAGUCCAAAACCUGAAGAUAAUUUAUGAGUCUCCUACAGCUACUUUUGAUGUAAUAUUGGAUGAGGAGAGUGAAGGCCUUGCCUUGCCGCUCAAAGCAGAAGGGGGUCCUAAGCUGUCUGGGGAUCCUGGCCUGGUUAGGGGCUCUGAUUUAAAGGGGAGUUUAGAUUUGGCUGAGGGUCCUGAGCGAGGAGGGGAUCCCGAGUCAGCCAGCAGUUCUGACUCGGGAGCUAAGAGACCCAAUGGUCUGGACAGAAGCGGUGAUUCAACCAGGUCUCUAGACAGUCCAAAAGAAAUGAGCAUUAUAGCAACUUGUUCUUUCUAUGACAGUAUCCUCCAUGUCUGGAAGUGGGAGAUGAGCCUGGUGACCCCUUCGGAGACGCCAAGUACUAGAUCUCCGUCUGAAAGAACAGUUGAAAGUUUGCAUUGA